AUGGAUACCUCUAUAAAGUGUGUUGUUGUGGGUGAUGGUGCUGUCGGUAAAACUUGUUUAUUGAUUUCUUUCUCUUCGAAUACUUUCCCAGAAGACUAUGUACCAACAGUCUUUGAUAACUAUUCUGCUAACGUAAUGUACAAGAAUACAACAGUAUCUUUGGGUUUGUGGGAUACAGCUGGUCAAGACUAUGAUCGUUUGCGACCAUUGUCUUAUCCUGAUGCUCAAGUUUUCCUCGUCUGCUUCUCUGUUGUCAAUCAUACAAGUUUAAUGAACGUAAAGGCCAAGUGGGUUCCGGAAGUUAAACAUCACUGUCCAAAAGUGCCAAUUGUUCUCACAGGAACUAAGGCUGAUCUUCGUAAGGAUAAAGACUAUCUUCAAAGAGAAGGAUUACAAGUAGUGUCUUCAGAAGAAGGACAAAAAGUAGCCAAGGAAGUUGGAGCUCAAUACUAUUCGGAAUGUUCUGCUAAAUCACAAGAAGGAUUGAAGGAAACUUUCAACUAUGUUAUCGAAUGUGUUUUGGAUCCAAAGAGUCCAGAUCAAAGCUCAGAAAAGAAGAAGUCUGGCAAAUGUAGUCUGUUGUAA